ACUCCCUCAUUCCGCUGCGAGCUGGACCGACUGAAGGAUUCACCGGAACUUCAGCCCGUGCGGCUGUCACAGUUUUAAAUAGGGGUUCGGUCCAAUAUGGCGGCAGACGGAUGGAAAUACUGAUGACAGUCCGAAAGAUCGCCUCGAUUUGUACGAUGGGCGCCAAUGCCUCUGCUUUGGAAAAGGAGAUUGGACCGGAACAGUUCCCUGUUAAUGAACACUACUUUGGGCUGGUCAAUUUUGGCAACACCUGCUACUGUAACUCAGUGCUGCAGGCACUGUACUUUUGCCGGCCCUUCCGGGAGAAAGUCCUGGACUAUAAGAUCCAGCCACGACGUAAAGAGAGCCUGCUCACCUGCUUGGCUGACCUGUUCAACAGCAUUGCAACUCAGAAGAAGAAAGUGGGAGUCAUUCCACCAAAGAAGUUCAUCUCCAGGCUGAGGAAGGAAAAUGAGCUGUUUGACAACUACAUGCAGCAAGACGCACACGAAUUCCUCAACUACUUGCUCAACACCAUUGCAGACCUGCUACAGGAGGAAAAGAGCCAGGAGAGACAGCAGAAUGGAAAGGUAGUACAGAAUGGUGGAAGCGGAGGAGGAGGUGGAAGCGGUAGCAGCACAGGAGAGGGUGAAACGGAGGAAAAGACCCAGCAGACCUGGGUGCACGAGAUCUUCCAAGGCACACUGACCAAUGAGACACGGUGCCUGAACUGUGAAGCGGUGAGCAGUAAAGAUGAAGACUUCCUAGACCUUUCAGUGGACGUGGAGCAGAAUACCUCCAUCACACGCUGUCUUAGGGGAUUCAGCAACACAGAGACCUUAUGUAGUGAAUGCAAGUACUACUGUGAGCAAUGCAGAAGUAAACAGGAGGCUCAGAAAAGGAUGCGGGUGAAGAAAUUACCCAUGAUCCUGGCCCUGCACCUAAAGCGCUUUAAGUAUAUGGACCAGCUUCAUCGCUACACCAAGCUCUCUUAUCGUGUAGUCUUCCCUCUGGAGCUGAGGCUCUUUAACACCUCUGGCGAUGCUACCAACCCCGAUCGAUUGUACGACCUGGUGGCUGUAGUGGUGCACUGUGGGAGUGGUCCAAAUCGAGGUCAUUAUAUCACUAUAGUGAAGAGUCAUGGCUUCUGGCUGCUGUUUGAUGAUGACAUUGUAGAGAAAAUAGACGCCCAAGCGAUCGAGGAAUUCUUCGGUUUGACAUCGGACAUCUCCAAAAACUCUGAGUCAGGGUAUAUACUCUUCUACCAGUCUAGAGACUGAGCCAGCAGGAGUGACUGACAGAAUGGGAGGGCGUGAUUUGUGAGAGACCGGAUCAGGCAGAUAGGGAGGCUUGGGCUUUGUUGACACAGCUCGGCCCCCUGCUCCAUCCCCUCUCAGUCAAGUCCCUUUUCAUCCAGGCUUAUCAGUGGAGCUUUGCACCGGAGCAUCAAUCAGGCCCCAGACAGGAGCAGUUGAUGUCAGAGUGACCUGGACACAGCACAGUAAUCAUCAGGCAGAAGUAAUCGCCAUCUGGUUCGCCUUCGACUCACUCGCCUGCUUUGUGUUGCUCGGCACACACCAAAACGCACAUAUAUACAUGUGAAAUGAGCUAAACAUAUGUCUCGAUGGCCUGAGAAUGGACAUUGUACAAACCUUUUUUUUCCCCCACCACACAUAGUAAUAAGGUUCAUUUUGAUAAUCUGGUUCACUUCUCUACACAUCACGUUCGUCAUCGCUGGGUGGUGUGUCAUGAUUUUUGUUUUGGCACAAUGUCAUGAUCAGUCCAGAAAGCCACUUGACAGUUCUUCACCCUCAGAUGUUCAUCUGCAGUGUCAAACAUGGCACAUCAUGCUACAUCAGUGUCAACCAGCUAGUUAUAAAUGUGUUGUAUGCAGAACCAGUAGCUCAUGUUGUAAUUAUAGUAGAGCUGCACCUGAAUGGAUAAACCUGACCAUGUUUAAAUUAGCUUGAAGGGGAUGAGCAUUUUUUGUGUUGAGAACUUGACAAGUGAUUUCAUGUAGGGCCUGUGGAUUGAUGGGUGCUCUGCUCUGUUAAGUAGAGAGGAUUGUGGAUACCAGAGUAGUGCCUGUAUACAGGAUGUGGCUUGGCUUAAGAAUGCUCUUUCAGUAUUCAACGAAUGUAGAACAUUCUGCCAGUUCUUGUGCACUGCAAGUGAGUGUACAGCUUGAUUGUGUCAUAUAGUGCACACUUAAUAGUGCACUAACUGUAAAGUGUAACAGAUGGAGAUAGAAAUUAGGGCUUUAUAUUAUUCUGAAUACAAGUUAAAGCUCAUAAAUGCCUGUCUUAUUGAAACCAAAAGCUGCACACAUUUCCAGUCGUGUUUCAUUAACACUGUGAGAUUGUCUGAAAUGAAUGUGGACUCAUUCAGUUUAGCCAUUAAACAGUCGAAAUAUUGGUUAAUUCAAACGUAAUAUGGAUCUUCACUCCAUGAUAAAGUCUCCUGAUUCAUUAAGCCGAUUGAAUUGGCUGCAUCUACUCUUUAAUCUCAGCAACUCUUCUCUAGAUCUCUAUCGUCUCCUCUGCCAACUUAAUAAUGUUUUAACUCCGCAUAGACCUAGAUGGGAAGUGAAGCACAGCCAAUGCCGAAGUGCAGUCUUGGAUCUGUCUGUAAAUGUCGGGUUUAAGCUGUGACUUGGCUUAGUAAUAGUUAGAUUGGUUAAGGGGACUCAGUAAAGGAUUGUUUCUAGUUUGUGAUGUUGCACGGCCAGAAGGAUGAGCCACUUCU